AUGUGGAGGAGCCGAAACAACGCACCGCAGAUAGGCUACGAUGCCUGGGCCGAGCCAACAAUGGAGGAACGCUGUUUGGAGACCAUUCCAGAGGUAGAGUCUUUGUACUCUCAAUACAGCCGUCGGAGCAGUGUUGCCGCGACGAAUCUUCCUGACUUGCCAUUUCGUGCUGUGCCUUCGAUCAACGAAUACGAUCCAGUGCAGCCUCGAGACUCAGCAGUCACCCCAACCACAUCUGAACCUUACACCCAAGAUAUUCCAUCUCAAAACCCUCACCGCAGUCGAAGCCCGGUAGAUUCAGACAAUGUUUCGCCUAUAAGCGCCCUCGAUUCUCUCCACCAGAACGGCUCAGAAGGCUCACUCGUCUCUCCUGUCGAUUCUGGCUUUCCUGUCUCGACAAGCGCCUCUCAGCCCGAAGCGACAACCAAAAGCAAAAUUCCUCGCAAAAUGCCUUUGUCCGCGCCCAAGAACAAUAAUGAGAUACCAAAGCGAUGGGCUCUGAAGAAGAGCGAAGGUGAAGAAACACGGUGGGACGAAUACUCCGGUGAGCCCAAUCAAGCAGGCAAGCCGCCCUCUGCUCGCCCAGGAUCAAUACCCCCUACCAUCCAGCAGUAUCCCCAGUUGAAGGAAAGAACCAGGCAGAUCUUGGCCGGCAUAAAAGAGCGGGACGCUGUCACGAAGUCGGGUUGGGGGAAGGUCCCUCCGCCAGUAGACCCAGACCCCCUCGACAAUCCGGUUCAACGACCAGCAUGGAGGGGCGCCAGUGGCAGACACGCAAUCGUGGAACCGGUCAAGAACACGCCAGCUGCACGACCGAAGCCCUUGAUGUUGGUGGAAAGAAAGAGGCUAGCCGAAGCUGAGCAACGACCAAGGGCUGAUGUUCCGGAUUCGUUCGCUCCAGAGACAACUCCAAAGUCUCCCAUAGACGCAGUAUCUGUGGCUGCCUCGAAGCUUCCGGCUAUCCGAUCCAUCCCCUCAGAAGACAGCAUCAAGCCUGUUGCUCCCUUGAAAGUCAAGAACACACUCCGGGUUAUGUCGCCAAUUGCGGCGGAACCGAAAGCUCUAGACAGUCCGUUCCGAAGUCCAGGCGUAGCAUCACCAAUGUACGAACCAGCUACCAGCCCGAGUCCUACCCCGAGCACGGUUCGGAGCUACGGGGAUGAGAGUCCUACUCUUGGAUCGAAUGCCAGCUACACUGGUGAAAGGAGUUCAAGCGAAGACUCCGUCGAAACCACUAUGCAAGCACAACGCUUGCAGCGCGAGCACGAUACUUCAUCGAGCUGGAAUACGUACACAGACGGUGGGAGUCCGAACCCAAACUCACGAGCUGAGAUGACGAGCAGUCCCGUGUCCAUGACAGGGCCCUACGACGACAUGCCUUCGCCGAUUUACCUUCGCAAACGAGCUGCCGCCAAUAAUGGCGGACGCAGAGGGUAUGAUUCGUACAACAGUGUAUCGCCAUUUUCCAAUGUCGCCGCCCAAAGGUCCAGCUCCAAUAUUCUCCGCAAAGCAAUUGGUAGUCAACCGAAGCCACGUGCGAUUAGCUUGAUGUCAGGUUUAUCAGCGACGAAAUCUCUGCCACCCACACCGGUGGAACUAGAAGCCACGGACAAACUAGCGUCACUCGAAGCUCGAUUAGAAGACUUGGGCAGGCGAAAGCGAAAUCAACGUAAGAUCAUAGCGGAGUUGCAUGAGUCUCUCAGGCGGAAUGCCAUCGUCUACGACAGCAGGAAACGGCGCGAGGUUGAGAAGAUGAUAACGAAUCUCAAUCUCGAAGUACAAGAAAUCACCAACGAAGAACACGAAACUUCUCUCAAACUGCACCGUGUCGUCAAGCGCAGAGAUCGGGAGGAAUACUAUGAGCAGCCUACCGGACUGUGGAUCAAGAGGGUUACGACAUGA